GCAGUAGACGAUCUUUUACCACGACGUGUCACUCGGUGUUGCCGCGAAUGCGCACAAUUAGUUAGAAUUGCAGGACUGUUCUAUAAUACAGAGACACGGGAUGUCAUGGACACUGGGGAAACGAGCAGGGGAAGAGCAUGUAUAUAAUGGAUGGAUUCUGCAGUCUGUGAUUCACAGAUGUUGUAAAGAAGACACAGCACCAUACCUGGGAGCCUUAUAAGCGUAGAGCAUCAAAUAUUCACAAGCAAGUGGAAACUAUAUGCCUCAACAUAUUUUUUUUAUAUUUGUGUGUCUACAUGCCUUGAGGUUUUUUUUAAAUCAGUGCCUGCCAUUUUGCAUUGCUAACACAGUUUAAUGUCUUCUUACUGACCUGCUGCACAGGUGGAUAUUUUACUCUGCUCUUGCUGCAUCUACGGUGGCAGUUAUGAGUUUUUUUGACAAGGAUUCUACAAGAACUUGUAGUGUAAAUUCAUCUGCUAGAAGAAAAUUCACCAAUCAAUGCGGCUGGAGCUGACAUUGUGACGGUACUCUCCUGACGUAACUCUUACACAAAGAGUCACAGAGAAGGGAAGGAUUUAAGGAUUUUGUUGACUCUUGAUGUGUAGAAAUUGUCCCUUAAAACGCAGUCCCUUAUAAAUAAGCACAUCUUUGUUUUGUGGUGCAAUGCCUUCCAAUCAGUCCUCCCCCUGGGAUGGAGGGAAGCUACGUAGCUCUAACGCAAAUGGUUCCAACACUGCAGCCCCUGUCAGGACACAAACCAAGACUGUUCCGGUCACUAAGGUGCCUUUCACUCAGACUUCUUCAGAGAUUUUCAAGCAAAAAGACCUAGCCAAACCUCUUCCUAAUUUCACUUCCCUAUUGAGGCAGAUAACAGUUACAUCCUCUGGAGCUUCUGUCUGGGAAAAUGGGGACAGAAAUAAAACCAACAAUCAGAGCCAAUUCACCAUUGUGCCAGAAGGGUAUUCAAUCCUGCCACAAAUUAUUAAUGGGAGUCAGAUACCAAAACAGAUACUGGCAAAUGGAUUGAAGCCUGCCGAAAGUAGCCUUACGGAAACCAAUGUCUCAACCUCCUUUGCCAAGAAGGAAUGCCACAGUGGGCAUAAUGGUUUGUCGACAGAUGCCAUACAGGUGUUUACAUCACUUCAAACCUCUCCACCAGAAAAGGGCUCAAUAGUAGGAAGAUUUCCGGAUGCUUUGGGUGAUGCAAAAGUGGGAUUGGAGCCACUGUUGUCAGUUUGUCAUCAAGACCUGUUUAUCCAAGGCCAGUCCUCACUUCAGCAAACUGACAAGAUGAUGGCUGCAGAUUGUUCCUCUUUACCACCAGUGCCUGCUCCAUGCCUUAAUCCCAGUGAACAUCAGGGUCCAACGAUUGGAGUAGAUGCCUCUAGUCAUGGAAGCAAGAAAACAGAAAAAAGAAGUACAAUAAGAGAGACAUUUUCUACAAAAAGGUGCCAUUCAGCUAAAUUAGUAAGAAAAUACAACCAGAAAAAGAACAGCUGUACAAUGAGGUACUCUCACAGUCAGCUUCAAGUAAAGGGCCGCUCUCCAGCAGUUUUGACAUCUACCAGAAAAAACCAGCCACAAACAUUUGCCACACCAAACAUAAAGGAGCAGGUUCCAGAAACCAGCUUGUGCUCAAGCAAAAGAAUCGGACCUUUAUUGAAUGUCCAAGUCAGUGCUGCUGAGGAACAGGAGUCGAAACCACCACUAGAUCGAACAGAUGUUGCCUCUGGUCAAGCAGGAACCUCAGUGGGUUCUGUGACCACACAGAUCUCGGCCAUCCAGCUGACCAAGCCAGGACAGCCAGCGUCCAUGUUGUCAUCUUCUCCUUACCCUUCUUACGGCUCACCCUCGCCAACUGAGGAGUGUCAGGAUGGAGAGGCUCAGUUACUGGGCCAGGAGUAUCUUAUGCAGGUGGAUGGAAUUGAGGAGGAACUUCCUGAUGAGCUGGAAAACGCAUGCAGUGACGAUGAUAAUUCUGACUGUUCAUCCAUCAAUGGGGCUUUAUCUUCAGCCUCCAUCGACCUGCUGUCUGGAGUGGAAGAACCAAUGUCAGUGGGGCAAGAAGAUGAUCGUGAAGAGAAACCAGCACUGGUUCCCAGUCUGUUUGCUUUCAUCUCUCCUACACUGUACUUCAGCAACACUAAUGAAAAAGUUGAAAUGCUACCUGUGGAACAGAGACGCUUGUUGAAAUGGAAAAUGAGCAAUGUCACUCCCAACGUGGUUAAACACACCAUCGCCAGGUCACACUUCAGGGUCACCAGGAAAAACAAUGACUGGUUGGGCUGCUGGGGACAUCACAUGAGGUCUGUGGGCUUCAAAGCCCUUGGAGAGAACCAGAAGUUGAACCACUUCCCAGGGACGUUUCAAAUUGGCAGGAAGGACCGGCUCUGGAGGAACCUGUCCAAGAUGCAGGUUCGCUUUGGGAAGCAGGAGUUUAGCUUCUUCCCUCGUACCUUUGUUCUUCCUCAGGACAUUAAGCUGCUGCGCAAGGCCUGGGAGGACGGAGGCUCCCGGCAGAAAUGGAUCGUCAAGCCUCCUGCUUCAGCCAGAGGACUAGGGAUCCAGGUCAUUCACAAAUGGAGCCAGAUGCCACGAAAAAGACCUCUACUGGUCCAAAAGUACCUCCACAAGCCCUACCUCAUCAGUGGCAACAAGUUUGACCUGAGGAUCUACGUCUACGUGACCUCCUAUGACCCCCUCAGAAUUUACAUCUUUACUGAUGGUCUUGUUCGAUUUGCCAGCUGCAAGUAUUCGUCUUCUAUGAAGACUCUGAGCAACAAGUUCAUGCACCUGACCAACUACAGUAUCAACAAAAAUAAUGCUGAAUACCAGGCCAACAGUGACGACAAGGCCUGUCAGGGACACAAGUGGGCAGUCAAGGCCUUGUGGCAGUACCUUGGUUCCAAGGGAGUCAACACCGGUCUGAUCUGGGAGAAAAUUAAAGACAUUGUCAUCAAAACCAUCAUCGCGUCAGAGCCUUACGUCAACAACCUAAUGAAGCAGCAUGUACAUUCCGUGUACAGCUGUCAUGAACUGUUUGGCUUUGACAUAAUGCUGGACGAGAACCUCAAACCCUGGAUCCUGGAAGUGAACAUAUCACCAAGUCUCCAUUCCAACUCUGCUCUGGAUGCUUCCAUCAAAGGCCAGAUGAUACGAGAUCUUCUGAACUUGGCUGGUUAUCGUAUUCCUCAUAAAGAAGAUGGUGUCGCUUCUGGCAGUAACGCGUCUAGUUCCACCAGCAGUGUGUGCAGGGGGAACAAGGAGCGAACAAAAUCAGAGAUGAUUGCUGAUGAGAAAGUCAAACGUGCAUUUUACCUCACACAACGCUUUACGGAUCAGGACUUCAUGUCUACAGUCCUGCAUGUCCUGACUCCUGAGGACGUUCGAGUUCUAGCAGAGAGUGAAAAUGAAAUGAACCGUCGGGGGGAGUUUGAGAGAAUUUUCCCUUCAGCGUCAUCGUCUCGCUACCUGCGCUUCUUUGAGUGUCCCAGAUAUCUCAACAUCCUGUUGGAUCAGUGGGAGCAAAAACACUGGCGUGACAGGACCGUGGGUGUCGCUCUCCUCCAGAACUUUUGUCUAAAAGGCGUCCAUCUUGGAACCAAUGAUCCUUCUCAUAUUUGGUCCAAGUGUAGCUACAUUUCCAAAUAUGAACCCUGCAAGAAAGACGUCAACCAAUCAAGGGUGGUGGUCAGCCACCAUCGCCACACCCACCAUGACGUCAAUGACAAUAAGUCAGAUAGAGCGAUGACUCCAAUCUCCAGACCCGUUUCUCCAAGUCCCGGACCCAGUGUCUCUAGCAGUACCUGCACGAGUCCUCAGCCCAGCCUGACUCACAGUCUCCUGCCUCAUCACUUUCCUGCCUCGCUCUAAAGAUCUGGUUUGCCAAUCGUGAUGCUCAGGGUCUCUUUACUUUCAGCUGAAUUACUCUAUUAAACAGGUACUUUGACACACUCGUAAUGACAACUUUGGCCUUUACAACACAAUCGAAAGCAGGAGAUCAUCAUGCUUUGCAGAAACUACAGUAUGAGGAAGUAAGUGUAAAAAUUGCAGUGUUGAUGUGAAUACAUUUUACUCCUGCAGCCAAAUCUGUCUUAAAUUCCUAUGGUAUUUAAAAAAAACAAAACAAUAUGAACCAGUUCAGUGUUUUUGAUGUUAAGGUUAAUUGGAAUUAUUUUCAUGCCAACAGUUUUUGUACUUGAAGGUAGAAAAAAAAUGUGGUCAUCUUUGGUGACUCUUUUGCAUUUCCUGACAGUACUUAAGUACAUCAAACACAGCUCUGAGAGGCUGCAACCUACUAUGUUCCAUCAUCAGUCCAUUGAUUAUUUUUCUCCUUGAAUGAUAAAUAAUCAUCAAAUCAAAAGUCAACCAGUGAUGGUCUAUAGAACAACAUGAUGACUUUCCAUGAAGUCCAGCUUCAUCCACAAUCAUAUAUGUUCAUCUUACUCUGGGGAAGGAGCAAAGCAAAUAAAAAAUAUUUUCAAAAUGGCUUUAACACAUCAUGGAAAUUACUAAAUCGAUUAAAUCUUAUAGAACAAUACUGUGACCAUAGUUUUUUGGGGAGGGCGGGGGGUAGGGAGUGACGACUGUAACAUUUGACAUUGCUGUUCAGUUAGUGAUACUGGAAGUUUCAUUUGUAUUGUUUUCAGACAUUAAAUGAUUUGAUUUUUCAUUGUAUAAGUAGGAUGAGGGCGAAACACAUCUUAGUGCUUUCUAACUCAAUCAUUGCAGGAACAAGAAGGUUUCUUUAAACACAAUAUUGUUCAGGGUUUAUUGCUCCUUCUCUUAAGGUCAUUGUGCCAUUUACUUGAACUCUAGCGAGAGAGGUGGUCAAAGCCCAAGGAGAUCAUUUUUGUCCCGAUGUAGGAUUUAGAUGUUUAAAAUUCAAGUAGUUUACAAAGUAGAGCAUGCCACAUGCAUGAAAUAUUGUUAUAAAGAUAGAAACCUUAGUAAGGAACCAAAUGUAAGAGCUGCACAUCAUUUUAUUGGGCAAACUUUUACAAAUGUAACAUCAAACUACUUGAAGUUAGGUUUGAAGUCAAAACGUUGGACAAUGAUAUUGUGACUUUGUUUUGUGAUUUAUGGUGUGAUUCCUGACGUCUGUUAUCCUGUGAACACUGUCAUUCCUACUGUUUUAAAAAAAAGUUUGAGGAACAAAAACCUGUUUACAGAAAACCUUUAAUAUGCAACACAUUACAAACUGCUGUGCAGUGUCAGACUAAGCACAUUAUUACCUGCCUGAGAAGCAACUUUUCUACUGUUUGAGACAAGUUGUGGUUGUCUGUCAGAUUUAAACAGAAUAUUGAACAUGUUUCACUUCAGUGGAGGAAACACUUGACGAUUCAUGGUCUCUAAUGUAGAAAAACACUGACAACCUGCUGAAGAUCAAUCUUCACGAUUGAGGAUUCAAGACAAUGUAAACUCAUUUUUUUUGUCUCUCAUCACCCUAUUCUUCCUACUCUUGACGUAGGACUCAGUAGUUCCCACCUGUUCACAAGUUCACAUCACCUUCCUGUUGGCUGUAUACAGAAUUUCUAAAAUGUCUCUAACACAUUACUAAACUGCUAAAGCGUUUGGACGUAAUUAUAUUUUUAACUAACUUGAUGUUGAUGUUUCUAUACAUAUAUAAAUACAAGGGCGGUGUGAGUUUCUCAGAUUGACUGACUGAAGAAUAAAAGUUAUUUGGGGUAAA